CUAACAUAAGGUGGGUAAAGUGGCGGGUCCAGUUCCAAAAAGUGUUUGUGUAUGUGAGAACUAUUCACCAGUUCAGCCACUGUCUCCCGACUGCACUGUGGAUGCUCCAGUGGAGAGGAUUAUGGAGGAUCAGCAGGCUUUAGAGCAAACUGCUGCUCUGCGUUAUUCCAUGCUUCGAUGUGGAGGAAAAUUAGAACGCACUCGCAAAUGUGCCCACACAAACACGUUCAGUCCUCUAAUGCUGGGCGUUUACGCUCUGCCCUCCCCCUUUUCCUCCAAACGGUGACGAUAGGUUCUUGUCUGCCUGUCAGAUGUGUUGACCUACUUUUACUAGCGAGCCCUGGCACGUCUUACUGCCCCACAAUCCACCUCUGCCCAUGUGGAUCCUGGGUUCUCUCUCAGGGGAGAAAGAGUCUCAUCUUCCUCUCUGACUGUUUGCUUUUCUGUCAGCUACGUAUGUAGAGGUACCCCAGUCAACAUGUGUAUUGUUCAGAGCAGAGACUGUCUGGCCCAGGUCAGUCUGCUGGGGACAAAAGCCCUGAUGGGCAGGAGCAGGAGCAGGACUCCAUGCAACACAAGGUUUUGGAAGAAUCAACGACAUACACAUCAUAUGAUAUGGGACUUGAGACGGAGAGAGCAGCACUGGAGAGGCUGGAAAUACACAACUUACACCAAGAACAGACUGUGAAUCCUCGGGAAGUUGAGGUGAAGGAGACCAAGCCUGACCCAGAGGCUGAUACUGUACCUGUUGCUCCUGAGCCAGAGCUCCACCCAGACCCCCAGGCUGAUUUGGUCCUGCAUGCUGACACCCAGGACCACGACCAGGAUGUCCCUGUGUCCUCCAACCCAGAAUCAGUUCCAGCACAGGACCACGUGUCCGCAGAUGCCCCACCCCCAGCAGAGGUCUUCAUUGGCACUCCUGCUGCACACCCAAGCCUGGAUCCACAUCCAGCCACAUCCCCAGAUGAAGCUGAAAACACACCUACCUCACAGAGUGCUGGCCAGACCCACACAGGUGCAGUGCGGGUUGCCAGUGCAGGAGAUGAAUUCCCAGUAGGCAACUUUGUCUUUGCUGAGCACUCUGAUUCACAGUGCGGGGUCAUUCCCCCCGAACUGGCAACCUGUGAAAACACUCCUUUUGGCAGCCCUCUCCUCAGUGUGGAUGAGGCUGGCACAGAGGACCAGUGGUCAGACCAGAGCCACAGCUCUGGUCCUGAAGCAGAGGUCCAGUCUUCUCCAGGCCAUAUGGACCAGGAACAGCAACAGCAGCAACAGGAGCUGGAGGAUGGGCUGCCUGAUUUGGAACUGGAGGGCAACACCUCCCAACACCACCACGAAAAGAAGAUGGCUGAUGCCAGCGCUGCCAGAGAGACUGACCCGUCAGUCCCCAGCAAAGAAGACAUCCCCACCUUCGACGAGUGGAAGAAACAAGUCAUGGAGGUGGAGAAGGAGAAAAGUCAGUCUCUCCACACCUCAACCAGUGGCAGCCCCCAUCCAGUGAAGAAGGUCCAGAAAAACUUCAAGAAUAACUAUGCCUCUGUAGAGUGUGGUGCCAAGAUACUGUCUCACAAUAGUGAGGCCAAGAGCACGUCAUCUAUUCUCAAGGAGAAUAUGGACCUUUACAUGCUAAAUCCUUGCAGCAACAAAAUCUGGUUUGUGAUAGAGCUCUGUGAGCCUAUUCAAGUCAAGCAGCUGGACAUUGCUAACUUUGAGCUCUUUUCAUCAACACCUAAAGACUUUUUAGUUUCCAUCAGUGACAGAUAUCCUACCAACAAGUGGGUAAAGCUGGGGACUUUCCAUGCCCGUGAUGAGCGCAUAGUCCAGAGCUUUCCACUGGAUGAACAGCUUUAUGCUAAAUAUGUGAAGAUGUUCAUCAAGUACAUAAAGGUUGAACUCCUUUCCCACUUUGGAUCAGAACACUUCUGUCCCCUCAGUCUCAUCAGGGUGUUUGGUACCAGCAUGGUGGAGGAGUAUGAGGAGAUAGCAGAUUCCCAGUACCCUUCAGAGCGACUGGAAUACUUGGAUGAAGACUAUGACUACCCACCUGGCUACCAACCAUCAGAGGACAAGGACUCUAAAAACCUGCUUGGCUCGGCAACCAAUGCCAUCCUGAACAUGGUAAACAACAUUGCUGCGAAUGUGCUGGGUGGUAAACCAGAGCUGGAGGGUGGAACAGAAACAGGAGGUAAUACAACAGCAGAGGGGGAUGAAAAGAAGAGCACAGAUGUUAAACCAGUUGAAACACCUCACGACUCUGCAGUACUGGAGCCUGUAGAACAGGAGCACCCUGCAACCCAGAAGAACUCUAUGGUCUUUGGUGACCCUUCUUCCUCAUCACCAGACUCCCAUGAAGACAGACAGAUUGUCACUCUGGUAGAGGAGGAGGAGGACGAAGAGCCCAGACAGUCUACUGUCACCCUGAUGGAGGAGGAGGGAGAAGAAGAGGAAGAGAAGAGAGAGGAGGAGACAAAGGAGGCAGACAGGAACCAAUGGGAGAGCCAGACUUACUGUCCUUUCUCCUCCUUGUCUUCCCUGUCUCUGUCCUGCAUGGCUACACUGCCGGAGCUGCUCCAUCGCUGGUGCUCCGCCAGGCUGGCCAAGGAGAGGCUCCGUAGUCUCAGGCGGAGGCAGCUGAGUGUUCAAACACAGAGACGUCCCGAUGCAAACACCCCUUCCCUCUCACAGGCACCUAUACUGGCACCCGCCCCUGUUCCCACACCUGUCAAAGAAACCCUCCCCCUUACAGAAAAAGCUCUUGAACCCGAGGUGUCCGUCAUGGGUCAAUACGAAGGUGAAAUCAUGGAUGAGGUGCACACCACUCACACCCCUGACACACACACUCCAGAGCUCAACAUCCUCCUAGAGCCUAGUAGAACCACUUCCAUCCCCCCUCACAGUUUCUCAGACAGCCAGAGCUCCCUGAUGUGGCCCACUCCCACCCAUGAGGAGAGGCUGCUUCCUCCCAUUAAAGACGCAGCCUUGGACCCAGUCCCCACUCCACCCCUCCAAGCCGUUUCUAUCCCAGAGACGCAGCAGGCCAGCAGUGCCACCCCCAUCCUCACUGUCAACUUCCCCCCACAGACGGUAGCCUCUGAGAUGGGGGCCCCUGUUGCUGUGGUUCCCCCUGUGAUGGAGCAGCCUGUUCAGCCUCUUCCCACUGCAACGAGACCUGAGGACCUUAUCCCCCCUCCCACUGAACUGCCAACAGCUCUCCCACUGACAGACACUCACACAGACACAGUAAAGUCAGGUACGGACAGCGGGGACUCUCAGAGACAAAGUGUCUCUGCUUCUCAGACUCCCGGGGAACAGGGGGACUCUCUCUCUCAAAAUGGAGAGAACCAUCGGGUGGAAGACGUGGUGGAUGAGGACCUGUUGAGCAGCAACGGGAUUGGUAGUGUCCACCGGACAGCUACAGACUUCUAUGCAGAGCUGCAGAAUGGAGGAGAUUAUAAUGGUGGAGCAGUGAAUGGUGUGUUAUUAAAUGGGGGAGUGGUGCACGGCUCCAGCCAGAAGGAGAGUGUGUUCAUGAGGUUGAACAACCGGAUCAAAGCCCUGGAGAUGAACAUGAGUCUGUCCAGCAGGUACCUGGAGGAGCUCAGCCAGAGAUACCGUAAACAGAUGGAAGAGAUGCAGAGAGCAUUCAAUAAGACCAUCAUCAAACUGCAGAACACCUCCCGCAUUGCUGAGGAGCAGGACCAGAAGCAGACGGAUUCCAUCCAGGUCCUGCAGAACCAGCUGGAGAACGUCACUAAACUGAUGCUCAAUCUCACUGUUACAGUCGCCCAGCUGCAGAGAGAGGUAUCGGACCGUCAGAGCUACCUGGUGGUCUCUCUGGUUCUGUGUCUGUCUCUGGGCCUCCUGCUGUGUCUGCAGUGCUGCCGCAGCUCCUCUCCCAGCCCCAGCACCAAUGCUGCUGUCCUUCCCAAGAGCAACCACUACCCUAGCCCCAAGAGAUGCUUCUCGUCCUAUGACGACAUGAGCCUAAAACGCAGGGUGACCUGUCCGCUUAUUCGCUCCAAGUCCUUCCACAUGUCCUCUACAGAAGUAGGUCCAGAUGACUUGUACAUUGUAGAACCUCUAAGGUUUUCUCCAGAGAAAAAGAAAAAGCGCUGCAAGACAAAGUCUUUGGACAAGGUUGAGAUUCUGAAGGCAUCCGAUCCCUCUGCUCCAAUCACAAACGGAGGUCCAAAGUGCAACGGUUUCCAACCAUGCCUCCCUGUACUACCACUCCCACCACCACCACCCUCUUUACCUCCUCCUCCUCCACCUGCUCCUCCUCCUCCUCCUCUUCCUCUUCCUCCUCCUACUAUUCUCCCUCCCUCUUUAGAGGAGGUGUCAUCACUGCCCGCUUGCACCUCCAAGGAGUUCCCCUCAGAGACCAGCAGCUGCUCGUCCACCCACUCUGAGGAGUCCUUCACGAGCCGCCUCCCCCCUCCCUCUCCCGUCUUCCCCUCCGCUGGCCUGUGCAACGGCCACGACCUGCCUUUUCCCCUGCAGCAGCCCUUUGCCAAGUCCCGCCAGGAGAAGCGCUCAAUGAAGCGACGAAAGUCACGGCAGACCGAGCUGCAGUUCCCUACCUUGCAGAGGGGGAGUGUUGGUUCUCUGCCCAGCCUGCAGCAGCUUAUGAAGGGAAACAAGGAGAUCAGCGUUGGGACCAUCGGGGUGACAGCCGUCACUGGACAUGUCUGAAUACUCUUACUUUCUAUUCUCAACCACACACGCAUGCACACACACAUGCACACACACACACACACACACACACACACACACACACACACACACUAUAAGGUAGCAGACUUGCGUAGUAAGGAGAUGAGGUCUUAUUGCAUCCCAAAGAACCACGUUUCCCAUGAGCACCAGGUGCACCGUGGAGCUGAAGUGACUAUGGCAGCAGUAGCUCCAUAUCAUCCACUUGUUACCCACUCCUGUCAAAGACCUGUUUAUGAUUAUGUGCCUUUAUAUCUGUUCCAGACCUUUUAAUGCUAAAAACAUGACAUUUAAGGAAUUGUUGAUGUGGACAGAGAGAGACACUGUGAUGGAGAGAGAAACAUUGAUACAAGUCAAAUCCAUUCAAGUGUGUUCAAGGUGUUUUUGUUUUUCCUACUGGAUAAGCACAUUGUCUGAUGACAGCUGAGCACCAGUGAGUGUUUACCCCCACUCUGAGCACAGGGAGGAGAGGUGCUGGCCUCAACUCUAUGGUCCUUCACCCACAGGAACAUCGAGAAGUAUUAGGCUGCUGUUUUGGAGAAAAUGCACCGUUAUGAGAAAACUGCAGAGCUUGUCAAACUGCUUCUCUUUUCCUAAUUUCCUUCUACCUUCCAUCGCCAUCAUUCGAUCCAUUCUGUCUUUGUUUGUGUGGGACCAGUGUUAGACUUUAACUUUACUCCAGACUCUCUGUUUCCCGUCCUCGGUCUCUGUCAGUCUGUUCCAAACCAACCGUGAGAGCUGAAUGAAGAACAUUAUUUUGCAUAGGAUCCAGAUGGGUUAGUCCUUUCAGCUUUGUGUCCCUUUUAACCUCAUAUUACAAAUGCAUAUGCAGCAGUUUGUAGAUCCUGUUAGUUCACAUUAUAGUAUUCCUUAACUAUCCACACUCAGUUAGUUUGGGCUGGGCCUGAAAAGCUUGCUGACGCACCAAAUGAAGAGAAAUCACACUGUUACAGUAGAUAUUGUGGCUGCGGGGAGGUAAAAUGGGUUCAAAUAGGCUGGAGGCAAGCCAUGGGGUUUUUAAUUGUCUUUUCUUCUGCUAUAUUUUAUUUUUUCCUUUAUCCGUAACUGAGCCAUGCUUCUUUCUUAUCACUGCUCUUGUGGUUUGUUUGAAUUAUUCUCACAACCAGUAUGGAGGUAAACUUUUCCUGUUAUGGUACAGUGAACUAUAGGAGCACAUUAGGUGAGAAAGCUGAAUGUUUACACUUGUCACACACACACACACACACACACACACACACACACACACACACACACACACAUGUCCUACUGAGACCCUGCAGCCGAGCCUGACAGGCCAGUUUUAUUUAUCUAUUUAUUUAUUUAAAUGACUACAGAUUUUUCUAACCUAGCCACUGGCUUGCCAGGCUCGCAGUCCUGCAGUAUCACAGUAGUUUCUGCUUGUAAGUAUGUUGCAUAAAAAUAUUACAGUGCAAUACACUCAGCCACACUUACACAUGACCAUCCUGGAUGGCUCAAUCAUCUUUUCUUUUUGUUUUUGGUACAUUUUAUCUUGGGCUCUAACGUUGUAACAGCCUCAGCCUGAAAUAUCAGACAAGUAUGAUAGCAGUCACAUGUCCUGCAGCAGCUAAAUAUAUCCAACAAGAUAACUGAUGAUUUAGAAUAACUUGGGGCAUCUCAGGAUCGUCACACUGUUGCUUUUGUGUACGGAGCUGCUGGGUGGUUAAAAGUAGAGGAAAGGGCUAAACAGACUGCUUAUUAAUGUCCCGUCUGACGUCUGAUCUCCAUCAACAUUCGGUGUAAUGUUUAAACACUGUUAGGAGUUACAGAUGUUAAAAAGGGGUGUUUGUUUUUUUGUUUUCAAAUCAUGAAAUAAAAAUGUGGGUUUUUUUUGUUUUGUUUUUUUUUUUUUUUGCUUUGUAGUAUCCAGUUUCUGAUUGGCUCUGUGGGGUUGGACAUUUUGACAGAGACAGACUUUUCUUCUACUUCUCUUACAAAAGGGCAUGAUUACCUCUUCUGACCAGCUUCUGCAGCGCCUCACCUUCUGCACCCACCCUCCCCACAUCCACAUCGCACAACUUUCUGUAACUGUGAAAAGUUUUAAUAUGCCUGCUUUUAUUAACCACUCUAACAUGUUCCCAUUAGGAGAUUAAAAUGCUUUAUCAGUUGGCCUGCUUUCCUGACUGGCUGAUCUUUCUGUGCAUCCUCACUGUCAUUGAACACUCAGUCUGUUAUUGACCUGUCCAUUGCUCUUUGACUUUAUGUGUUCAUCCCACCCUGGAUGAUAAUCGUGGUUUGUGAGGAAAAGAAUAUGAAUUGUUGAAUAAAGGGAACACAGCAAAGAUGGGUAUGAUUUGAAACACUAUUAAUGUGAUUCUUUGUGUUCCACAUGCCGAGUGAGUCAUGUUUUCGUUUUUUUUUGUUUGUUUUUUUUUUUAACCUUUUUGAAUGUGUAUGAACUUAUAUUUGUGUGUGAAAGUCUGUUAUGGAUGUGACUUUUUUGGUUGUUGAUCUCAUGUGCGUAUGUGUCUGUGUUACGGGAAAGACUACUUUGAUUCUACUUAUCUCGUAAUGCAGUAAACGGAGAAUGCUCUCAGUGAGAAAUUGUAGGAGCUCAGUGUGCACUUUGUAUGACUCCUCAAGCCUUUUUGUUUUUCUACCUUGUAUGUCAAGUGCUAUCUUUUUUUCUCUCCCUCUCUUUCUUUCUGUGAUUACUCUUAAGAGCUGCACAGUACUUUUGAGCAGGAGUGAGUUACUACGAUACUGUAGUGCCAUUAGAAACUGUGAAUUUCUAAAUAAAACCUUUUUUGUUGUCUUUCA